AUGCCCAAAGCCGAGGUUGGCUCGACCAAACACCUCUCCAACAAGCUCAAGAGCAAGGGUCUUCAGCGCCUACGAUGGUACUGCCAGAUGAUUGUUGUCGGCGAGGACCCCAAAAAGUUCAUCAACGAGUUCAGCAACCAGUUUCUCAGGGACUUUUUGCAGCUCCUGAAGACGGGCCAUGGGGAGAAGCAGGUCCAUAUCAAUCAGUUCUACCAGGAGUACAUCGCCAACAAGGAACACGUCCACAUGAACGCGACGAAAUGGCCAUCUCUGACCGAGUUCGCCAAGCAUCUGGGACGAGAAAGCAUGUGCCGAGUCGAAGAAAACGAAAAGGGCAUCCACAUCUCGUGGAUCGACAACUCGCCCGACGCAUUACGACGACAAGAGGCGCUCCGCAAAAAGGAGGCGCAAGAUCAAGGCGACGAGCAGCUGGAGCAGCGCAUCAUCAAGGAACAGAUUCGAAGAGCACAGGCCAAGGCCGCGAAUCACGAGACCGACGAGGAAGCAGAAGAGGAAGCGCGCAAGUUGAAGCGGCAGGGUGGCGAGAAGAUCAUACUGUCAUUUGGCCCGAAACAAAAGACGGAGAGUCCAGCGCCCAAGCCAGCAGACGCCCCUGGGGGUGAAUCGUCUAACGCCGCUGCGCCUACCCAACCAGAGAAAGCCAGCGAGGCGGGACAGACGACUGCGAAGCCCGGCGGGUUUGGAGGGCUUUCGAUGAAGAUGGGAGGCAAGCCGCAGACCAAAAACGUGUUUGCGCAAGCCAAGAAGAACGCCUUGGCAGCUGGAGCAUCGAAAAAGGUUGCCAUUGCCGGAGAGCCCCAGAAGAUGAGCGAAGCGGAGAGGAUAAUGAGGGAGGAAAUGGAGCGGAAACGGCCCCGAGGGUCGGGCGGCUUCAGCUUCCCCCCUGGGAAAAAGCAAAGAAAUAAUCACUCAUGA